AUGAAAUUGAUCGUGACAUUUUGCCUAGUGGCAGUGGCUUGCGCCGCACCGCAGCAACGUGAUGUGCAGAUUCUCCGAUUCGACAACGAUAACAAUGGCCUGGGUAACUAUAGAUGGGCCUUCGAUCAAUCAGACGGCACGAGACACGAGCAACGAGGUGAAUUGACGAACCAAGGUCGGGAGAACGAGGCCCUGGUAGUGAGAGGACAGUACUCCUGGAUAGGACCCGACGGCGUCACAUACAUUGUCACUUAUGUCGCCGAUGACCAGGGCUUUCAACCUCAGAUUGAGCAAGGCCCUGGCGGUGGUGUACCUCCGGCAGUCGUUGCUAGUCUACUUGGAUAA